UCCACACAGCCCAGCGCGGGGGAGGAGAGGAAACGAGAGGCUGCCCGCGUUUUACCGGUGGGUUGGCUGGGUCUGAGAGCGGCCACAAUCAGAGCAUGGAGACUUCGCCGCUCUGCCUCCACAAUUCUCCGCCGCUUGGAACCGCAAACUCCCGGAUCUCCUGCUCCAAAGACACUUCAGGGUCCGAAGGAUUCUGGAGACCUUGGAUCCCCACCCCAAAAGAUGUCGAAAGACAGGGUGUGCAAAACGUUGAGUUGCACAGCUCUUCUGAGGCUACAGAAGACUCUGUAAAACUCGCACAAUAUACCCAUCCAGUGAGGCUAUUCUGGCCCAAAUCCAAGUGUUUUGACUACAUGUAUCAUGAAGCUGAAGCACUUCUGAGGAACUUUCCUGUCCAAGCCACAAUUUUCUUUUAUGACGAAUCAGAGAACGAGGAAGAUAGCGAUGGCACAGACCAUGAGUCUGGAGCAGAAAUGGAUAAUUAACUGCACUGUUUCCAAAUGACCCUGUUUAUAUUCCUUUAUUUAAAUAUUAAUAUCAAAAUGCAAUCAUAAUAUUUUAAGCUAAUUUAUAUGUAAGUUAUUGUGAAAUUAAAAUUAUUUUUAUAGUA